AUGGCCUCCGACAUGAAGGCGACGGUUGAGCCUACCACAAAGGGUUUCUCGGUCUGCGGUUACGAGAAGAUCGAAUACGACUUCGAGUUCCUUGAUGGCGUUUUCAACAAGCAGAAUAGCCAGUUGGCCGAUUGUUACUCGCGUUGGAAACGAUGCUUGGCCGUCAUGGAUCUCAACAUCUUCAAUCUCUAUGGAGAGGAGAUGAAGGAGUAUUUUGACCACUACAACAUCGACCUGAAGAUCCACAAGACCAUGAUUGGCGAGAAGGCCAAGUCCAUGGAGACGCUACUGAGCAUCGUCGACUCCAUGACCGAGUUUGGCGUGUAUCGCAAGGAGCCUGUUCUCGUUGUUGGCGGUGGUCUCGUCACCGACGUUGCUGGCUUCGCAUGCGCCGCUUACCGUCGCAACACACCUUUCAUUCGUAUUCCGACCACAGUCAUUGGUCUCAUUGACGCCUCCGUCUCCAUCAAGGUCGCCGUUAACUACGGCAACUACAAGAACCGCCUGGGAGCUUACCACGCGCCUACACACACCUUCCUCGACUUCAAAUUCUUGCGCACACUACCCACAGCUCAAAUUCGCAAUGGCUUUGCCGAGUUGAUCAAAAUCUCCACUUGCGCACACCUAGAGACAUUCGACCUGCUCGACCGUUUUUGCGAGGAGCUCAUUGAGACCGGGUUUGGACGUUGCGAUGGUGCCAGCAAAGAGGUUAGAGAUGCUGCGGACAAGAUUAACCGCAACGGGAUCCACGAGAUGCUGAAGCUCGAGACUCCCAACCUUCACGAGAUCAUGCUUGAUCGUGUCAUUGCCUACGGCCACACCUGGUCUCCUCUCCACGAGCUCUCCCCUGACGUUCCCCUGCGUCACGGCCACGCCAUUUCCAUCGACAUGGCUUACUCUGCGACACUUGCCCACGUGCUCGGCAAGCUCUCCUCCCAAGAACACCGCCGGUUGUUGAAUCUCUUCUCCCGUGCUGGUCUCUCCAUGGAUCAUGCCCAGUUCGACGAGGAAAUGCUCGACAAAGCGACAUCGGCGAUCCUUAAGACCCGUGACGGCAAACUCCGCGCCGCUGUACCCUCACCUCUUGGUCAAUGCGAAUUUCUCAACGACGUCUCCCACAAAGAGAUGUGUGCUGCCCUCAAAGUGCACAAGGACCUUAUGAAAGAGUAUCCCCGUGAGGGUGCUGGUCUUGAGGCUUAUGUCGAUGCAAGUGACACGGGAUAUACCAUUAACGGCGCUUCUGUCGAGGAUGAGUCGAGGAAGUUCAUGAAUGGGGUUGAAAAAAGUGUCACCAAGGACGAUACUGUCUCCAGCGGCGUCUCGUCGAAUGGUUCAUCAACUCCCGACUAUGGUCUGUCGAGUGGUAAGAACCUUGGUCGGGAUGAUGCUAAGUACGCUGCUGCCGGCUUCGAGCCCAAGGUGCUGGAGAGUUUAGGCAACGACAAGGUUGGUGUCACGGAGCAUAACAAAAUUCGUCACGAGGUCGAGAACGAAUGCUGUUAA